ACCCAAUGCGAACCUUACGACACUUCACCUGUCGACGACGAACAUAGAUGACCAGAGCGUAGACUUAUUUAAAUGUUACAGGCUUAGCCACAGCUAUUAAAAAACGAAAACUUUUGACAAAUGCCCGACAAAAACUUAUUAUUUCCUGACAUUGAAUUUCCAACUGCUAAGUCAUCAAAUCAGCAAUUAAACCUCAACCAAUCAGUUUUGUACAUCUCUAUGUCCAGCCUGCCUGAUCUAGUUUUCAACACCCCAGUCACUUGCCAGUUUGAUGUAAUGCCACACACCUGACAGUUAGUUCAAAUCACUUGUUGGAAAAUAAAAAAGAAAUAUCAGACACUUGUUUUAAGUUCGCACUUGAAACUUGAUAAAGGGAACAAAUCAACAUGACUGACAAAUCAAACAGCCAGGAUAGCUUCAACAAUCUUGAUAAAGCCCCUGAUGUGGUCUCCAGUACCAAAGGGAAAAGAAAGAAGAGAUCAAAGUCUGUUGAUCUAGAUGGUUCCGUUGUCCUGCUCAAUGUUACACCUCUACAGGAUGACUCUAAGAGAAGACUCAGUCAGGGAGACAUUCCUCUCUGGCUUAUCAAAAAGGAGUGUGAAGAACAAGAAACUAACAUAGACCAAGAAGAUUUUCUUCUGGGACGUGCAGCUAACAGGAAGGUCCGACUCACAGAAGUUGCUCCAUCUAAUUCAAGUAUCAGAGGACGAGAUGAUGCCAACAACUGGAAACUGCCUCUUGAGAUUUUUACCUCUAAAAAAGGAACAGGGGUUAAAGGUCAGCCAAAACGUCUUAGGUCAUAUUACAAAGCUCAAGAUGAACUAAUUACUGCUUACGAGGAGAUAGCCUUGGAUGUUGAAAUUGAUCUCCAUCCUACAACUAUUACAAGCUCCAGUAUGAGAGUUGCAUCCCUGGUUUCAAAAAUUACCCUCUUUGUCAACUUCUGUCUCCUUGUUGCCAAAGCUGUUGCUAGUGCAUUCUCUGGGUCGAUUUCCAUUAUAUCCAGCUUGGUAGACUCUUGUCUGGACUUGUUCAGUGGUUUCAUCAUGUGGUGGGCCACUCGCGCUGUCAAACGCAGGGAUCCGUACAUGUACCCUCAGGGCCGCACGAAACUAGAACCACUGGCCAUUAUUAUUCUAGCUGUGGUUAUGGCACUGUGCUCCGUACAACUGAUACGCGAGGCUAUAGAAAAACUUAUUGGUCUCAGUGACAUGUCAUCAUCGCUUCCAACUGUCGACGCUAUAACUUUUGCAAUAGCUGGCAGCACUGUGGGGAUCAAGCUGGUCUUAUGGCUUGUCUGCCGCAGAAUACAGUCGCCUAUUGUUCAAGCCCUAGCCCAGGACCACAGAAACGAUGUCCUUUCAAAUGCGGUUGCUAUAGUUUUUGGCUACCUGGGUUCUCAAGAAUUCUACAGCAAUGUAAACAUGUAUGGGUUUUGUUAUCUGGACCCUGUCGGCGCUAUGGUCAUCUGCUUGUACAUCAUAUACAACUGGUGGCAGACUGGCUCGGAACAGUUAAAAAUGUUGACCGGCCACACGGCAAGACCCGACUUCCUCAGCAAGCUCACCUGGGUGUGCUACAACCAUCAUCCUCUAAUUCAACAGAUAGACACGGUCCGAGCUUUUCAUUUCGGGAGCAACUUUCUAGUGGAGGUGGACAUCAUUCUCCCCAGUGAAAUGCCGCUGAAGGAAGCUCAUGACAUUGGCGAAGCUCUGCAGAAUCGGCUGGAGAGUUUGCCGGAAGUGGAGAGAGCAUUUGUUCAUCUAGAUUACGAGUUCACACAUAACCCCCACUCAGAACACAAGAUUGUUUAGUCUGUGAUAUUCACCCAAGGCAACAAAAUAUUCAUGUUGUAAAUGUUUUGUCUCCCAGUUUGUCUUGAUAUAGCCCAGUAUGCAAAUUUAAUUAAUAGUUAGCCCUCUUCACUGAUAAUUGUUCAUAAAUGCUAGUUUUUUUAAUUAUAUUGUUGCUGGUAAAAAAUAAUUUUACUAUUGUGGAGAUUAGGAGUGUCAUAAUACAUGUACUAUUUACUUGCUGAUAAUGAAAUUUUUAUAUAUAUAUAUAUAUAUAUAUAUAUAUAUAUAUAUAUAUAUAUAUAUAUAAUGAAAGUUUGAUACAUAUCAAUAGUGGUUGUCAAAGAUCAAAAGUAAUUAACUGUCCAAAAUCUUUAAUCGUUAACUUGCAGUGAUCAAUCAAAUCUUUAUUUAAAUCUUACUUUAUGCUAGAAAGAUAACAUGAUGUAUGCUUGUUUUUAGUUUUGUUUUUGUUCCAUUAAAAUCCCCAGUGAUCUCUUUAAAAUGACAUGCUAUAAACCUAAUGGCUACAUGUACACCAAUGAUAUUCAUUUGAUGGAUGCAGUGUUGUUGUUGUGAAAUUCUGUAGUGCACUUUAUAAAUGGCUCUAGUUGUGUUCAUUCUGUAGCAUACAGUUGUGAUAUAGAGAACUACAUAGUUUUUGAAUUUUGUUAAUUUGAAUUUUGUUAUAAUUCUUGUUAAAUAAAAAUAACCACAUUCUUGUGAUUAACUGUGUAGCUUUGAACAGAUGUUUUAAAUAUUUGUAUCGCAAAAUAAAUGGAUAUUUUACUAUAAUGAUGUAUUUAAGUCUUUGAACUUUGUCUUGUUGCAAUUGUGAAUGUCCUUUAAUUUACAUACAUGGAAGUAAUUAAAAUAAGGAUCUGUGUAAUUGAAUGUCCAG